AUGAACUUCCAUCCUCCCCCGACCCACCACCACCAUCAGCAGUUCCAGCAGCACUUGCAACCACAACCAUCCUCCUUCAACCCCGCGUCCUUACCACCACCACCACCAACCACCAUGGACACAGCAUGGCCAGGAGACGAAAUGCUCCACAACUACCUCUGCGACUACCUUCGCAAACGUGACUACAACCAAGCAGCCAACCUUUUGCACGUCGAAGCCGGUCUCGACCCAACCGGACCAGGACCUAUCGAUGCACCGCAGAGUUUGCUGUUUGAAUGGUGGCUUGUAUUUUGGGAUUUCUUCACUUCUCGCUCAACCCCUGCUCCUGUCACAGCUCAGUCGAGUGCUUCUGCUGUUUCAGCUGCAGGGCAAGAUGGGAGAAGCAAGAGUUUAGCAGCUGCAGCAUUACCACAAUUGGAUCUGGAAGCGUCACGGAAGUUGCGUUUGACUAGACCAGCGAGUCCAGUGAUGAUUCCACAGUGUAUGGAUAUGAUGUCUCUCGGCGGCAAGGGGAUUGAUGGGUUGAGCGAGGAGGAGAGGCGGGAGGUAGGAAAGAAAGUGAACAGAUUACAGACUGCUCAGGGGGAGGCGCAGUUGCGGUUGGCUCAGUUGCACGGGUUGCAGCCGCCUAAAGGGCUGGCGGAUGGAAUGCAGGGGGCGAGGUUGAAGAGGAAGGAAAGCCCAAUGGGUGAGAUGGGGAGAGUUGUGCCGCCGCUGCAACAGCAGCAGAUGGGGAACGUCCCGUUGAUGAGACGGCCAUCACAGCCGGUGCAGGCGCCAUCACGGCUUGGAGGCAUGGUUUUCGCUCGGGCUUCGCCGCAGUCGAUGAUGGUGCAGCAACAGCAGAGUCCCGCUGCCACGCCAAAUGGGUCUGCUCCCCCUAACUGGAAUCCAAACGCUUAUGGACGUCAACUAUCCUUGCUAGCACCAGAUCCAGCAACACUGCAGCAGCAAAGGACGACGAAAUAUCCUUCAGGUCUGCCUUCCACUCUUAGUCCUGCAACGGAAUGGCCCCCUUCAGGACAGCAGCUAGUCCAGCCCACUCCUCAACCGUUAACUCAGGGCAAUACCAACUUUCAACAAGCAAUGCCACCUCAACAAAAGCUCCAGAUGAGCCUGCCACCAACAAAAGCCUCUGUCUUUGCUCCUGUCUGGUUUGCUGAUAGCAAGGGGAGUGCUCGGUUGGAAGAACAUAGCAAUGGUGUAGGAAUGGUUCAGGGAAUGGGUGCAGGUGGGAAUGGGGAAAGAGUUCUCACUCCGUUUGCGGAUCUGGAGUACGACUUUAAGGUGCUAUUGUCGAAUAGUACACAGUUGUGCAAUUUAGGUGUCGGGAAGGAUGGCGGGUUCGGCUAA